UGCACUGCUGUUGAUAUGUUUAUCUCUGUCUUUUUCAGAUUAAUUCUUGAGAAGGAAGGGCCUCGUUCUUUAUUUCGGGGCCUGGGGCCCAAUCUAAUUGGAGUGGCUCCUUCACGGGCCAUCUACUUCGCCGCCUAUUCCAGCUCAAAGGAGAGACUGAACUGUGUGUUUGAACCAGACUCCACGCAGGUGCACAUGACGUCUGCUGGAAUUGCAGGGUUCACGGCCAUAACCGCAACCAACCCGAUUUGGUUGAUUAAGACGCGUCUACAAUUGGACGCCAGGAAGCGCGGGGAGCGUCGCAUGAAUGCUUUCGAGUGUGUGCGGCGUGUGUAUCAGACGGAUGGGCUACGUGGGUUUUACCGCGGCAUGUCUGCAUCUUAUGCAGGCAUCUCAGAGACUGUGAUUCACUUUGUGAUCUAUGAAAGCAUAAAACGGCGUCUUUCAGAGGCCAAAGCAGCAACGCACAUGGAUGGGGCUGAGGACACCACCAAAAACGUGUCUGACUUUGUGGGCAUGAUGCUGGCAGCCGCCACUUCCAAGACCUGCGCCACCUCCAUAGCCUAUCCACACGAGGUACUCCGUACACGGCUAAGGGAAGAAGGUACCAAGUACCGCUCGUUCUUCCAGAGUCUCAGCCUGGUGAUUAGAGAGGAAAGCUAUCGCGCUCUUUACCGAGGACUCGCCACACAUCUGGUCAGACAGAUCCCCAAUACGGCCGUCAUGAUGUGCACCUACGAGUUCGUCGUCUACCUGCUCGAAGGCUAAACUUUGACUUGAGGUGCCUCAGUAUUCAUGGACGAAGAGUUCUGUGCUUUCAUUCACAAUUUGGGAGUGUCUUCUGAGAGGAUGGUGUUGGGAGAAAAAGGAGAAAUGACUAAAAAGGUGGUGUCUAGAAAGCAAUGUUCUUUGGUUUUUCUUAACUUUCUGUCUUUUAAUGUUCUUUAAAAUGAUGCUGCUUCUAAAAAGCCUUGACAGUCCAUUCACCUUUAGCCUCCUCAGAGUGUUUUUUCCCUCUCAAACAGCACCUCACAUCAGAUAGAUCUUGUAUGUGGAUUCCGCAGGUUAUUUCUGUCAGAGAAGCUGUUCUAAUGUUGGCAGGUCAUUGAGGGGUUUGUCCGGCCCAUUGCUGUGCUGUAAUGGCGAUCAAAGCUUCACUGGAUCUUCUCAAGCUUUGAGCUGGAAAGGAAUCGGAGAGGAUCCAAACUGAGGCUUGCUUGCUUGUCUAGGAACAGCCAAUCAGGGUGCGCUUACACCAUGCAAUGCAAAAAGAUCUUACAUGGAUGCAUGUACCUGAGACUGUGCGCACACAUGUAUGCAAAAAAAAGAUG